GUAUGUUGGCGGCCAGUUUUGAGUCUCUUGUAUUCUCAAGAUAAUGGCGGCGCUGUUCAAAUUACAAUAUCUUAUCAUUAUUAUUGGUGUUUGUUUGCAUUUAAGGUCUUCUUACGGGUUCCCUCUAUCGUGUAAUGGAGUUCAAAUAAUUACAUAUGGAGAACCGUGUUAUUCGUCACACCAGCUACCUGUUACAAUCGAGGAACCCGUAGAAGAGUAUGUAACAGAACCCAGCAAAUCUCUCUACCGGCCACUCAAGUUGAACUAUCGAGCUAUCUCGACGGAGUCGCCGACAUGUUAUCAAGUGCAAAACGAAUAUCCGAUUUCAAUACAAGUACCUCAAAUUACCGAACCAUUAAAAAUAGUUACGCCGGAUCCUUACCGAGGGAAAUCUUACAAAUAUGACAUCCAGACUCCAUCGAUCCCAUGCACGCCAAUCCCGAUGAGUUACAACUUUGAUCUUCAAAUGCCACCUCCGCCACCUCCAUCAGCGAUAUCAACACCCAAGCCUAUUAAACUUUUAACAGAUCUUACUAGUAAAAUUGACAAAGUUUUAAUUCCUGCCUGUGAAACAUCAUGUAUUAAAACUUGUGUUAAUUAAACUCUGUUGUUACAUCUUGUUAAAGAAUUUGUAAUACAUAAGUUAUAUCUUUUACAAGAAAUGUAAGAAACACUACUCAAGCAAAUAAAAAAACAAUAUUUUUUUAAA